GGCAUACACUUAAACAAGUUACAUUACCUAUAAGAAUUUUUAAGAUGUUAGGUGUGGAAAUAUUGAUCGUUACAAACGCGACCGGAGCAUUGAGCAGAGAUUUCAAAGUUGGCAUGAUAGGCGUAAUAACUGAUCACAUUUCCCUUCCUGGCUUAGCCGGAAACAACCCUCUAUUUGGUCCGAACGUGUCUGCUUUCGGAACGAGAUUUCCGCCAAUGUCCGACGCGUAUGAUUAUGAUCUUCGUGUAGCUGCAUUUAAAGCUGCUGAUUCUCUGAAAUUCCCCAGAGGAACGUUGAAAGAAGCUAUUUACACUUUCGUCGGCGGUCCCUCAUUUGAGACUAGGGCUGAGGCAAGGUACUUAAAAUCAAUAGGUGGUGAUUUAGUAGGAAUGUCUACGGUGCCUGAGGUUAUUGUGGCAAGGCAUUGUGAAAUUAAGGUACUCGGUUUAAGUUUGGUGUCUAAUAUGGUAGCUAUUGGAAAUGGUAAAUCUGCGGAUCCGGAAGUGCAGGAUUUGAAUGGUGUAGAGGAGCCAUUGGUGAAUCAUGAGGAG